AUCAUGAAAAUGAUGCACCAAAAAUUUUUAAUUCAUUACAAGCAAUGCAACAUGAACAAAAGGAUCUAUUUAUAGCUUUAUCAUAUUUUCAUGGAUUUGGAGUAGAAAAAGAUGAUGAUAUGUAUUUGGAAAGUCUUGAAAAAGCCUGCUCAAAGGGUGUUGUGUUUGCGGUCUCUGAAUUAGCUACUUGUUAUUUUAAGGGUGUUGGAGUUGAAAAAAAUCUUGAAAGGGCAUUUGAACUUUAUAAAAUAUCAGUUGAACGUGGGUUCUUAGCCGAUAAAUGUUUAUUGAGCGAGUUUUAUUAUUAUGGUAUUGGUGGAGCAGAAAGAGACCCAGAACUUGCAUUCCAUUUGUUAAGAAGUUCUGCAACCGUUGGGUAUAUUCCUGCAAUGUAUUGGUUAGGAUAUUGUUAUCAAUAUGGAGUAGGUGUUACUCGUGAUCUUGAAAAGGCUGUCAGCCUAUAUCAAGAGGUAAUUCAAAAUGGUGAUUAUAAGGAUGCAAGAAAAAAACUGGAAACCUUAUCAAAUCAAUCUAUACUAGGAAAAUUAAAUUUCUGGGAAAUAUUUAGGCUCUUUAAACAAAGAUAA